GCGGCGGCGGCGGCGUUGGCGUUCCCCAGGCAGCUGUAUCCUUGCGCCAUGCGAGUCCUCCGGCCGAGUCUGUCGGCUGGGCGCCAUCUCCUCCUCUGGCUGCGGCUCCCCGUGCGGCCGCCGCGGCCGCCCGGACCCCGGCUGUCGAGAGGGCGGGCGGCGGCGGCCGGCGCCCUGGAGCGGGCCAUGGACGAGCUGCUGCACCGUGCGGUGCCCGCGAUGCCGGCCUACGGGCUGCGCGAGAAGACGCCGGCGCCGGCGGAGAACCAGUGCGCGGACUUCGUGAGUUUCUACGGCGGCCUGGCUGAGGCGGCCGAGCGCGCCGAGCUGCUGGACCGCCUGGCGCGGGGCUUCGGCGUGGACCACGGCCAGGUGGCCGAGCAGAGCGCCGCCGUGCUCCAGCUGCUCCAGCAGCCGCGGGAGGCGGCCGUGCUCCUGCAGGCAGAGGACCGGCUGCGCUACGCGCUGGUGCCGCGCUACCGCAGCCUCUUCCACCACAUCAGCAAGCUGGACGGCGGCGUGCGCUUCCUGGUGCAGCUGCGGGCCGACCUGCUCGAGGCGCAGGCCCUCAAGCUGAUGGAGGGGCCGCACGUCCGGGUUUUGGUGUCGAAUUCCCGGUGCUGGCAGCCAUGCGGGGAUGGGCUGGACGUCUUUCCCUCGGAAGGCCAGCGCUCCCCCCUCUCCAUUUCAGGAAAUGAACGGGGUGCUGAAAAGCAUGUUCCUGGAAUGGUUUUCUUCCGGGUUCCUGAACCUGGAGCAGGUCACCUGGCGUUCACCGUGCGAAGUGCUGCAGAAAAUCAGUCUGAGGCUGUGCAUCCCGUUAAAAACUGGGCGGACAUGCGACGGCGCGUGGGGCCCUACAGAAGGUGUUACUUCCUCUCUCACUGCUCGGCCCCGGGGGAGCCCCUGAUCAUUUUGCACGUGGCCCUGACCAGUGAGAUCUCCAGCAGCAUCCAGACCAUCAUAGCGAAGGAGAGUCCCGCGUCGGAGACGGAGGAGCGGGACAAGAUCACCACGGCCAUCUUGUACUCGCUGAGCCUGACCCAGCAGGGGCUGCAGGGCGUGGAGCUGGGCACCUUCCUCAUCAAGCGGGUGGUGAAGGAGCUGCAGGAACUUCUGUGCACUGAGGCGUCCUCACCGCCCGUGGCAGCUAAGCAGCACCUCACUUUCAGACGAGGAUCCCCGGGUUCAGUGGCUUGGCCCAAGCUCUCCGGGCUGGUACCUUGUCCAGCAAGCCCUGAGCCGGCUCUCCCACGCUGGCUUGAGGCACUCCGAUGCCUGCCCUCCCAUUGCUCGUCUGCACCACCCACCCCAUCUUCCAUCUCAGGGGGCUGGACCUUCUCUGCCCUCCAGAUCUAGGGCAGCUGAGCGUUGCACAGCUCUGCCCUCUGUCGGUCAUCUAGGGGCAUAACACUUCUGCAAGAGGGCCAUGUUGUUCUGUUUGUGGCUUUAUAUUCGUUGGCAUAUAAAGUCCAUUUUGCUCUCUUCUUGGAUGGAAGCAAAAGCUACUCCGUGAUUCCUAUUCACCACAGAAAGCUGCUGCAUUAUUUGCAGUUUAGCAAAAUCGGUAGAGUGACCCCAGGUCUCUUUCUCGUCUUUUUUUUUUUUUUUUUUUUUUCUGAUUGCAUUUACAUUUCUCAACUAGCUAAUUCUUUUUUUUUUAACAUCUUUAUUGGAGUAUAAUUGCUUUACACUGGUGUGUCAGCUUCUGCUGUAUAACAAAGUGAAUCAGCUCUACAUGUACAUAUAUCCCAUAUCUCCUCCCUCUUGUGUCUCCCUCCCACCCUCCCUAUCCCACCCCUCUAGGUGGUCACGAAGCUCUGAGCUGAUCUCCCUG